GAGACACUUUCGCCUUCCGAGUGAGCCUCUCUCUAGGCGGCGUGAGCGCAGACUUCAUGGGGGGUGUGGGGGGGGGAGCCCCCUGUUCCUUCCACACACGUGUAACAGCGGUUGCCUCUCGAGACAAUGCAUCCAUCGUGUGCACCGGCAACGUACCCUGCGUUCGACUGGAUCCAGCAUGACAUGUCUACGGCGCAGAAUAGUCUGUGUCCCUGGGUCUGACUCUGGUACUCGCGUGUUUCUGGCCUACAGCCACUCCCUGUAUGUGUCCCGUAGACUCGAUUCCAAGGUGUGCACAAGGCAGAAGCUAGCACAGGGCGGAGAGUAACGUGUAGGUCCUGGGGCACCUUAUCCCCUGCACUUCAAACCAGGGACUGGGGACAACAAUCUCAAGCCCCUAGAGACUCGGUUCAUUAAGGCCCGUUCUCCAGCCGCAAAUCGCGCACCCCCGGAUGGCAGAACUAAGGUGCCGCUCCCAUGGCAGGGUAAGCGCGGCUCCAAGCCCCCCCCCCCCCCCCGCCCCCUUAGCGGCUGCCCUGGCUUUUGUCCUGCGAGGCGGCGAGGCGAUGCAAACCCCGCUGAGCCAGGCGGUUGCUAAGUCGAAAAUGAAAAUGCCCAGCGCGGGCCAGCCCUAGAUCUGGCCAAAGGGAAGGAGCCGCGGAGCCCUGCACUGUUCCAGGGAGAGGCGAGCCUCUCCCAGCCGCCCACCCCCCCCUCCUCUAGGGCUGGAGCAGCUCGAGCCGGGUUAGGGGGCGAUUUCGCCUCGGAGAAGCCACCUAGAGGCGGUUCGCUCGCUCGCUCCCCAGUGGCUCGCUGCGCCCUCCCCUCUGAUCAUGUUGACAUAUUCACACGCCAUGGAGUAGUAGUGAUGCUUUGCUGCGGCGUUACAGUUUCCGACACCUUCUUUUUAUAACUCGGCUCUGUCCCCCUCCACCCGACCUGUCAAAACCACGCCUAUGGAGCCACACAAUUGGUCCGAAAGCGUCAAAGAGCCAAUCAACUAGGCUCCAGCUCCCCUGCGACCCAUAACACAUCCAGACAAUCCGGUGCAAGGGCGGCAGAGCUCACAGGGAAUUCUUGGAGCUGAAAGUCUCUCUCUCUCUCUCCCCUCUGCUGGAGUGUGCUGGAGCGGAGACAAGGGUGUAAUUCCAAAUAAAAAAGGCAGGGAGAGAGAGAGAGAAGGGAAGUGGGGAAAGGAAAGGAAAGAAGAAGAGAUCCUUCUUGGAAUCAGGGCUCCUUCCGAAGGCUCUGCGGGGGAGGGGGGGAAACGGAAGCGAGAUUUCACUGCAAAUUUUGUAGCUGCUGCUUGCUAGAAGGGUGAUCAAGCCGGGGUCCUUUUCUGUUUUGUGGGGAGUUUUGUUUGUUUUUCUAUCUCCGCCCCCCCCUUCCCUUCCCUUCCCUUCCCUUCCCAGGCUCUGUUCUGUGCAAGGGAGGGUGGAGGGAAGGGACCCACACACCGCAACAAGAAAACAAACCACAGAGAGAAAACCCGUCUUCGAGCCCUCAACCUCUGCAACGGACGGAGAGGAAGAGAGAGGGAAAUAAAACACACACAGGCUCCAGGAGCGCCUGCGUCCGCGGCGGAGACCCCCAUCAGCAGCAGCGACAUCCUUGGAUUUUCUUCUUCUUCUUCUACAUCCUUUGAAAUUGCAUGCAAGAACUUCCACUCAGGGAAAAAAAAAAAAAGCCACACUAAUCAGCAGCCGCCACAAGGAGAAGCUGUCCGGAGUGAUUAUGUCUCCUGACUGGGCCACUUGCAGUGUGUAGAGUUUUUCUUGUUUCAUGUACUCUGUGUCUAUAGAUCUCCCCCCCCCACACACCCUAUUUGGGGUGAUUUUUUUCCCCCAUGAAGUACUGUUAGAAACCACUCCAGGGCUCCUCCAGCAGUAGGAAGAUCCGGGGGGAGUGGAUGAGUAUACCGAUGAGAGAUCCAGUAAUCCCUGGGACAAGCAUGGCUUAUCAUCCCUUUUUACCUCACCGAGCACCGGACUUUGCCAUGAGCGCAGUACUGGGACACCAACCUCCAUUCUUCCCGGCGCUUGCUUUGCCUCCCAAUGGGGCGGCUGCCCUCUCCCUUCCCGGGGCUCUGGCCAAACCGAUUAUGGAUCAAUUAGUCGGGGCGGCUGAGACUGGCAUUCCCUUUUCUUCCCUGGGUCACCAGGCGGCAGCUCAUCUGAGGCCUCUAAAAACCCUGGAGCCAGAGGAAGAGGUGGAAGAUGACCCCAAAGUGCAUCUGGAAGCCAAAGAACUUUGGGAACAAUUCCACAAAAGGGGCACAGAAAUGGUGAUCACUAAAUCAGGAAGGAGAAUGUUUCCUCCAUUUAAAGUGAGAUGCACUGGGCUGGAUAAAAAGGCCAAGUACAUUUUAUUGAUGGAUAUUGUGGCGGCUGAUGAUUGUAGAUAUAAAUUCCAUAAUUCCCGGUGGAUGGUAGCCGGCAAAGCUGAUCCUGAAAUGCCAAAGAGAAUGUACAUCCACCCGGACAGUCCGGCUACGGGAGAACAAUGGAUGUCCAAAGUCGUCACUUUCCACAAACUUAAACUGACUAACAAUAUUUCUGACAAGCAUGGAUUUACAAUUUUAAACUCCAUGCACAAAUACCAACCGAGGUUCCAUAUUGUCCGAGCCAACGACAUACUCAAGCUGCCGUACAGUACAUUCAGGACCUAUGUAUUUCCUGAAACUGAAUUCAUCGCUGUGACCGCAUACCAGAACGAUAAGAUAACCCAAUUAAAAAUUGACAACAAUCCCUUUGCCAAAGGUUUUCGCGACACCGGGAAUGGAAGGAGGGAGAAAAGAAAGCAGCUGACCUUGCAGUCCAUGAGAGCUUAUGACGAGAGGCAGAAGAAGGAGAACGGGACCUCUGAUGAGUCCUCUAGCGAGCAGACCGCCUUUAAGUGCUUCGCUCAGUCCUCGUCCCCCGCCGUCUCUGCGGUGGGCACAUCCAAUCUGAAAGACCCGUGCCCCAGCGAGGGGGAGAGCGACGCCGAGAGCAAAGAUGAGCAGCAGCUGCCGGAGGCCAGUGACUCUGGCAAGAUCAGCACCACCACGGCGGCGGCGGAAGACCCCCGGGAGAAGGGCGGCAGCCCGGCCAAAGCGCCCUUCUUCUCCACCGACUCGGCGGCCGGCAAGAGCAGGGAAGGCCCCAGCCGGACUGAGAAAGCCCCCCCGGAUUCCAGGCACAGCCCAGCCACGAUUUCCUCCAGCACCAGAGGCCUGGGCAGCGAGGAACUCAAAAGCCCCCGCAGGGACGCCCCGAAGGUGGAUGAGUCCCGGCUGCUGAGCAAGGAGCCCUUCGCCCCGCUCACGGUUCAGACGGACAGCCCGGCGCCUCUGAGCCAGGGGCCGCUGCAGAACCUGGGCUUCCCCCACGGCUUGGCGGGCCAGCAGUUCUUCAACCCCUUGGGCAGCGGGCACCCGCUCCUCCUGCACCCCAGUCAGUUCGCCAUGGGGGGAGCCUUCUCCAGCAUGGCCGCUGGCAUGGGCCCCUUACUGGCCACCGUGUCCGGGGCCUCGGCCGGGGUCAGCGGACUGGAAAGCACGGUUAUGGCCACAGCAGCGGCUCAAGGACUUUCUGGGGCGUCGGCAGCUGCGCUACCGUUUCAUCUCCAACAGCACGUCCUGGCCUCUCAGGGCCUGGCCAUGUCUCCCUUCGGAAGCCUCUUUCCAUACCCCUACACCUACAUGGCUGCGGCAGCCGCGGCCUCCUCCGCAGCCGGCAGCUCGGUUCACCGGCACCCUUUCCUCAGCGCCGUCCGCCCUCGCCUGAGGUACAGUCCCUACUCUCUCCCCGUGCCCCUGCCUGACGGCAGCAGCCUGCUGACCACUGCCCUGCCCACCGUGGCCAGCAGCACAGGGGAGGGCAAAGCUGGCAACAUGGCAGCUAGCCCCGCCUCGGUGGCGUUGGACUCGGGCUCAGAACUCAACAGCAGGUCCUCAACUCUCUCCUCGGGCUCCGUGUCCCUGUCGCCCAAACUCUGCUCGGAAAAGGAAGCGACCAGCGAACUGCAGAACAUCCAGCGUCUCGUGAGUGGACUUGAAUCCAAGCAAGACAGAUCCAGGAGUGGGUCUCCUUAAUAGUGUCCCCUCUCCGCUGCACCCCCUUCCACUCUCGGGGCGGGAGGGGGGAAGAGUGUGUUAACACGGGGGUGGGGUUCCCCUUUCUUGUCUCAUUUCAAAUCACGCUCGCAGUGCACUUUGUUUGAAGGAAACCACAUGGCCCAGCCCAGCUUUCUGCGGACUGCGCUGGCUUAUCAGCAAAACGUAUCUUGAAAUGGGCGAAGGAGAAGGGGUGGGGGCCUGGAGGUGGAAGAGCUGGUUUGAAAGCUGCUAUCAAUGACAUGUGUAGGCCAGAAAGGUGGUUUUGUGGGUGGUGUUUAUUUCUUUUCUUCAAUGUGUAAAGCAAACAAACAAACAUAUGGAUUAAAAAAUAAAGUAAGAAAAGUGAUUUUUUUUCUAAAAAAUAUGUAAGUAACUUGCAUAUCAGUUCUUUCAAUAUUGGUUUUUUUUUUUGGAUGGGUUAUUAAAUAUAGCUCUUGUUAGUCUUUAUUAAGGGAAGCUGUGUCUUUUGACAUAUUGUUGUGAUGUCUCAAAGCCACCUUAUGGCUUUUUGCAUGUUCCAUAGUAGUCCGCUUUUGGGGGGGGGGGGUUGUUUUAUUUUUGGAUGCUUGUUAAAAAUCCCAGGGAUAAAAAUUAAAAAACAAAUAAAAAUAUGAUCCAUACCCCUUUCUUCCCACCCUUCCCCUUUGUAGCAACAAAAAUACAAAAUGUAGCUGGAAAGGGAAAAAAAUAUUUUACCUAAAAACCUCUGUAGCUUGACUGUAGGUUUAUUACAGCUUUCCCUCUUUUACUGUAUAUGCAAUAACAAGGUUUAAACAUAAUGAGAAGAAAAAAGUGGACACUAUUAUUAAGACAGAAAGUAUUUAUGUAAUUAUUUGAUAACUUGUAAAUAAGUGGAAUAUGAAUACUCAGAAUUAAACUUUAAUUUAUUGACAGUGUACAUAUCUCUGUAAAUAUGACUGCAGCUGUUUUUUUCUGUUUUGUUUUAGUCAUUUUCAAGUUCUUACUUCCUUUAAAAAUACCACCUAAAACCAACAAACCAACCAAAUAUACCCCAGUGCUAAGUGUUCACUUUUCUUUUGGUUCACCACCACGCAAAAACUCAAGUGAUUUUUUUUAUAAAAAAAAAAAAAAGAGCUGAAUGCAAAAGAAAAAGAAGAAAAAAAUCAAUGAACUUAAAGAAGAAUGAAAGAAAUGUGCCACUGUAGCAGUUAACCCUUGUUUUUCAGUGUUAAAAGUGCUACGCUCAGUGUACAAUUCCCCCCCCCCCAAAAAAAAGUUAAUAAAAUGACAACACACUUCUCCAGUGACUUGAAAGGAAAAGAGAGAGAGAGAGAGAGAGAGAGAGAGAGAGAGAGAGAGAGAGAGAGAGAGAGAGAUGAAGAAUUUAGGUUUUUCUUUACUUUUUAAAAGAUAUUAUUUUCCAAUUCCCUUAGUGUGUCAAAAUCACAAUGGAUUUUUACUACUGUUUUGCUUAUUGUUGUCUUUGUUUGAGUGGGUGAAUAUUUUAAUGGCUUGAAUGUCAGGUAGGUGCUCAGACCUGAUUAAAAGAGAAAUGAAGUUAUACUUUGUGUUAUAUAAUUGUCAAGAAGUUCUUGGAUUUUCUGUAAUUCUCUCCCCCCCCCCUUUUAAAAGUCACUGAAGUUUCAAUAAAUUUUUAUUGAAAUGUC